CGCUGCCGCUGCUGUUGCUGCUUCUUCUUCUUCUUCUGGUCCCUCGCUUGUCGGGAGACGAACCUCCUCAAAGGGCCGAAACCCUCGUUCCCCGCAACCCGCGCAGGGGACCCCGCGACCCGGUUGCCGCACCACCGGACAGAUUCGUCGGAAUCCGCGGCCCCUGCCUUCGAACCGGUGGAGCUCCGGUGCGGCCAGACCCGCCCCCGUUCUGGUGCCCAUGGAGGUGGCCUGCGGUUGAGCUUCGUAGACGGCGGUGGCGGUGCUCGAGGGAAUUAGGAAGAUGAAGGCGGAUGCCAGUGGAGCUGCGGCUCCGAGCCCUUGCGAAGGGGAGAGGAAAACGAUAAACCCGGAGCUGUGGUACGCCUGCGCGGGGCCGCUCGUGACCGUGCCGCCGGUGGGGAGCCUCGUCGUCUACUUCCCCCAAGGGCACAGCGAGCAGGUUGCAGCUUCUAUGCAAAAGGAUAUCAAUGCUCAUAUUCCAAAUUAUCCAAAUCUUCCCUCAAAGUUGAUAUGCCUUCUUCACAAUGUUACUCUGCAUGCAGAUCCAGAGACAGAUGAAGUUUAUGCUCAAAUGACUCUUCAGCCAGUCAACUCAUAUGACAAGGAGGCAUUGCAGGCAUCAGAGCUUGCACUAAAACAAACCAGGCCACAAACGGAAUUCUUUUGUAAGACACUUACUGCAAGUGAUACAAGCACUCAUGGAGGAUUCUCCGUGCCCCGUCGUGCUGCAGAGAAAAUUUUUCCUUCUCUUGAUUUUUCAAUGCAGCCACCUGCUCAAGAAUUACAGGCCAGAGAUUUGCAUGAUAAUCUAUGGACUUUCCGUCAUAUUUAUCGAGGCCAACCGAAGAGGCACUUGCUCACAACUGGUUGGAGCUUAUUUGUGAGCGGAAAGCGGUUGUUUGCCGGUGAUUCCGUGUUAUUUAUUAGGGAUAAAAAACAACAGCUUCUUUUAGGCAUUAGGCGUGCUAACAGGCAACCUACUAACCUAUCAUCAUCAGUCCUGUCAACUGAUAGUAUGCAUAUAGGCAUUCUUGCUGCUGCAGCCCAUGCUGCUGCCAACCACAGCCCAUUCACGGUGUUUUACAACCCAAGGGCUAGCCCUUCAGAGUUUGUUAUCCCUUUUGCAAAAUACCAGAAGGCAGUUUAUAGCAACCAAGUAUCCCUGGGUAUGCGCUUCCGAAUGAUGUUCGAAACUGAAGAAUUAGGAACAAGACGGUACAUGGGUACGAUUACAGGUAUUAGCGAUCUAGAUCCAGUAAGAUGGAAAAACUCACAAUGGCGCAAUUUGCAGGUUGGGUGGGAUGAGUCUGCAGCUGGGGAGAGGCGCAACAGGGUCUCUAUAUGGGAGAUUGAACCUGUAGUAGCUCCUUUCUUCAUUUGUCCUCCUCCAUUUUUUGGAAAGCGACCCAGACAACCAGGAAUGCAAGAUGAUGAAUCAUCUGAAAUGGAAAAUCUUUUCAAGAGAGCGAUGCCUUGGCUUGGAGAGGAGAUCUGCAUAAAGGAUUCUCAAACUCAGAGCACAAUAAUGCCAGGUUUAAGUUUAGUUCAAUGGAUGAACAUGCAACAAAAUCCCUCUCUUGGUAACCAAACCCUGCAGACAGAAUACUUGCGCUCCCUUGCUGGUCCUGUUAUGCAAAAUCUUGGCCCACCUGAUCUUUCUAGGCAGUUGGGCAUGCAAGCUCAAAUGUUGCACCAGCAUAAUGUACAAUUCAAUGCCAGUAGGCUGCCUCAACAAGGCCAACAGGUAGAUGAACUUGCUAAGGUAUCGAUUCCACUGAACCAAGUGGGUGCUUUUAGUAGACCCCCACAACAAGUACAAGAUUUAGCUAUGCAGCAGAAGCAACAAUUGGUCAACCAAGCUUUACCAUUAAACCAGACACACAACAACAUCAUACAGCCACAAGUUCUGGUCCAGACUCAAGUGCAGCCACAGCUGCAGCAACAGCCAAUUAUCCAGAACAAUCAGCUAUUACAAACUGCUCUCCAACAGAGUCAGCAACAACAUCCGCAGCAACUGCUGCAGCCACAUCAAAAUCAACAGCAGCUACAGCAGCAGCAGCAGCAGCAGCACCAGCAACUUCAGCAACAAUACCAGCAAGCACAAAGUAGGAUGCCAGUUAAACUCCCUGUCCAAGUGAAUCAACAGUUAUCUGACCAACAGAUUCAGUUGCAGUUGCUACAGAAACUCCAGCAGGAACAACAGCAGCAAGCAUUAUUUUCACAGCCAAGAGUGCAACAGCCUCAAAUUCACCAAAUUCAGGAAUUCCAGAGAACUAUCCCAGAUGUACAGCAGCAGUUGUGUAACUCUAAUUCACUAGUUCAGCAACCACUGAUCCCUCAACAAUGUGCAAAAACUACUUCACAGGCUGUGAGGCUGCCACAGAUCUUGCAGAACCAGUCACAGCAAAAGCCUCAGCAGCAGCAAAUUCCAUCAAGUGAUUUUCCUGAGGCAGUCCUUUCCACCACACCAGUAACUAAUCUUAUCCCAGCUAGUGGCAGCUCUUUGCUAGCUGCUGGGGGGACACAGUCGGGAGUUACAGAUGACAUCCCAUCUUGUUCCACAUCGCCUUCAGCAAACAAUGGAUCAAUUCUUCCUCAUUCAAUCCUGAAUAGGAACGGGCACCACAAUCUCAUUUCAACAGAAAAGACAUCUCAGUCAGUUAUUACAAUGCUCAACCCAAGCUCCUUUGAAGCUGCCACCGUAAAUCCCAACAUCUCCAAGGAGCUUCCAAAAGUUGUACAUAAUGUAAAGCCCUCAAUCCCAAUUCCCAAGGUGCAAAAUCAGGGACUUGUAGCCCCUCAGACAUAUCUAAGCAACACAGCUCAAAUGGAUUACUUGGACACUACCUCCUCGGCGACUUCUGUGUGCCUAUCUCACACUGAUGGGUCUUUAAAUCAAGCCUUACCUCUCCUUUCAUUCAAUCAGCCAUCAAUGCUUAGAUAUGCACCUCCAGAGAGUGAUAUUCCUGGCACAGAUCCAAGAAAUAAUGUCCUUUUUGGAGUUAACAUUGAUGGUUCAAUGGGAAUACCUUUGACUGCUGAUGCUUUGCUGGUUAAUAACAUUGAUUCAGGAAAGUUUCAGAAUCAUAUCCCUGGAGAUGCAGUAGCCAAUUACAGUACCUCAAAGGAUGCUCAACAAGAGCUGUCAUCAUCCAUGGUUUCACAAUCAUUUGGAGUUCCUGAUGUGGCAUUUAAUUCUAUGGAUUCAACAAUUAAUGAAAAUGGUUUACUAAAUAGGAACUCCUGGGCCCCAGCACCGCCUCCGACAAUUCAACGCAUGCGCACUUACACCAAGGUGUACAAACGUGGAGCUGUUGGCAGAUCUAUGGAUAUCACACGAUAUUCAGGUUAUGAUGAGCUGAAACAUGAUCUUGCACGAAUGUUCAGCAUAGAGGGACAGCUGGAAGAUCGGCAGAGAAUCGGCUGGAAGCUGGUUUAUGUAGAUCACGAGAAUGAUGUUCUACUUGUUGGAGAUGACCCAUGGGAGGAGUUUGUAAGCUGUGUUCGGUGCAUCAAGAUAUUGUCCCCGCAAGAAGUCCAACAGAUGAGCUUGGAUGUUGACUUGGGAAACAACAGCCUCCCGAAUCAGGCUUGCAGCAGUUCAGAUGGUGGAAACGCCUGGAGGGGCCAGUGUGACCAGAACUCAGGCAACCCCUCUGCAGGAUCAUAUGAUCAUUUUGAAUGACACAGCGGGUCAUGCAGCAAAACUGAUUUCGACACUCUCGUUAGACAAGGUCAAUUCCUUUUACUUGCCAGCCCUUUUGCCUAAUCUUGUUCAAAGAGUGAUGUGAAAUUUAGAAUUCAACUGACCAUGAGAGUCCAAUAUGUAAAAGCAAGAGUAGCUGCACCGGGUUGGAAAAGCCACCCAUCUUGUCUCUAAUGGAGAUGAGAGAUUGUGGUAGUGAAUUAUCCAAAUCAAGGGAAUUGGCAGUCUCCAUUCAGGAGCUGCAGUCUCUUAUUGCCGUAGGUUUUCUACUUCCGAUGAAUGUUCCACACUUUAUGAUAGUGAAAAGCUUUCAUAUUUUUCUACUAUGGACAUGUGUAGCAAGUAGCAUCACAAUAGACGACUGGAGAAACCAAGUGAUUUCCUUGGGUAUGAAAA